CCAGCGGCAUGCCAGGCGCUCACACGCAACUUACACUUCACAGUCUACGGAAAGAAAAAUGCUUCUACGAAGGUUUCUGAUUCGAUUUCUACACAAUAUCCAGUAGUGGACCAUGAAUUCGAUGCAGUUGUUGUGGGUGCAGGAGGAGCGGGUCUGCGGGCUGCGUUUGGUUUGUCAGAAGCUGGAUUUAAUACAGCAUGUGUUACAAAGCUGUUUCCCACCAGAUCUCAUACUGUGGCUGCACAGGGAGGGAUCAAUGCUGCUCUGGGAAACAUGGAGGAUGAUAACUGGAGGUGGCACUUCUAUGACACAGUGAAAGGGUCUGAUUGGCUGGGGGACCAGGAUGCCAUACACUACAUGACCGAGCAAGCCCCAGCUGCCGUCAUAGAGCUGGAAAAUUACGGGAUGCCGUUCAGCAGAACUGAAGAAGGAAAAAUCUAUCAGCGUGCGUUUGGUGGGCAGAGUCUGCAGUUUGGAAAAGGAGGACAGGCUCACAGGUGCUGUUGUGUUGCAGACAGGACAGGGCACUCGCUGUUGCAUACGCUGUAUGGCAGGUCUCUAAGAUACGAUACAAGCUACUUCGUAGAAUAUUUUGCCUUAGACCUACUUAUGGAAAAUGGAGAAUGUCGUGGUGUUAUUGCCCUUUGCAUAGAAGAUGGCACUAUACAUCGUUUUAGAGCAAAGAACACUGUCAUUGCCACUGGUGGGUACGGCCGCACUUACUUCAGCUGUACAUCUGCUCAUACUAGUACGGGUGAUGGCACUGCUAUGGUCACACGAGCUGGUCUCCCUUGCCAGGACUUAGAAUUUGUACAGUUUCACCCUACAGGUAUCUAUGGGGCCGGCUGCCUUAUAACAGAAGGGUGUCGUGGAGAGGGAGGUAUUCUAAUUAACAGUCAAGGUGAAAGAUUUAUGGAGAGAUAUGCACCUGUUGCUAAGGAUCUGGCUUCCAGGGAUGUAGUGUCUCGUUCUAUGACCAUAGAAAUCCGUGAAGGAAGGGGUUGUGGUCCUGAAAAGGACCAUGUGUACUUGCAGUUGCACCACUUACCACCACAGCAGCUAGCAACCCGUCUGCCAGGGAUUUCAGAAACAGCUAUGAUAUUUGCUGGAGUUGAUGUCACUAAGGAGCCUAUUCCUGUUCUGCCAACUGUGCACUACAAUAUGGGAGGUAUUCCUACUAACUACAAAGGACAGGUGAUCACACACGUGAAUGGUGAGGAUAAAGUGGUACCUGGUUUAUACGCUUGUGGGGAAGCAGCCUCUGCAUCUGUCCAUGGCGCAAACCGACUUGGAGCAAACUCACUUCUGGAUUUGGUGGUCUUUGGUCGUGCUUGUGCCCUUACCAUUGCAGAGACGUGCAAGCCUGGAGAGGCAGUUCCCUCCAUUAAACCAAAUGCUGGUGAAGAGUCAGUUGCUAAUCUUGACAAAUUAAGGUUUGCUAACGGGACCGUCAGAACUUCAGAAGUGCGACUGAACAUGCAGAAGACAAUGCAAAACCAUGCUGCUGUGUUUCGUACUGGUUCUGUACUCCAAGAAGGCUGUGAAAAACUUAGCCAAAUCUAUAGCGAUCUGACUCAUCUGAAGACAUUUGACAGAGGUAUUGUGUGGAACACUGACUUGGUGGAGACCCUCGAACUGCAAAACCUGAUGCUUUGUGCUCUGCAAACCAUUUAUGGUGCUGAGGCUCGCAAAGAGUCCCGGGGUGCUCAUGCCAGAGAGGACUAUAAGUUACGGAUAGAUGAGUUUGACUAUUCUAAGCCACUCCAAGGCCAACAGCGGAAGGCGUUUGAAGAGCACUGGCGAAAGCACACCCUUUCCUAUGUGGAUGUCCCAUCUGGGAAGGUUACCUUGAAAUACAGACCUGUGAUUGACAGAACUUUGAAUGAAGAAGACUGCUCAAGUGUCCCACCUGCUAUUCGCUCCUACUAGUAACUUACGCUUAACUUGUGGUCCUCUCCCAGCAGGGGGAGUGUACAUCAGCAUAGUGUGAGCAAAUCCAAAUCGUGUUGUCACUAGGGAUGACUGAAAAAUGCUGACUAAACUCUUACCCAGCUUGUGUUCUGCUGUGGCUCAC